UUCAUAUAAGUCUAGCAAGAGACUUGUGGUACUAUGCACUUCUCCCAUGUCAACAUUGUCUCGUUUAUUUACCAAAUCUGCUCCUCCACUAACUGUUCAAACUCCCCAGUCCCCACACACACAGAAGAGAGAGAUUGAGAGUGGGAGAGGGACAGAGAGAGAGUAGGGAGAGAGAGCAUAGAGAGAGGGAGGGAGGGAGAGAGUGACAGGGGGAGAGAGAGAGAGAGAGAGGGAGGGAGGGAGAGAGUGACAGGGAGAGAGGGAGAGAGAGAGAGGAAGGGAGAGAGGGAGAGAGAGAGAGGAAGGGAGAGAGAGAGAGACAGAGGAAGGGAGAGAGAUACACAGAGAGAGAGAGAGAGAUGGAACCCCCAGAAAUAACUCCACUUUCCCAAGUAGAAAUCCCACUCAUUGAAGACCAAGAAGAAGAAAAGGAUGAAACUUCACUCUUACUUGAUGAAUCCAUCCACAAAUUAUACACCUCUUUCAAAUACCUGGGCUUCAAUCACACUUCCUUAUACCACACUUCACUUUCCUGUAUUUCCUUCUCAAUUCUCUCAGUAAUAGUACCCCUUCUCAUCAUUUUCUACUCUUACUGCUCUGAUUGUGAUCAGUUCCAGAUCAGGUUCUUUGAGAUUGAGAUUCUUGUGUUUCAGACCAUUGCUGCUGCUGUUUCACUCUUCUGCAUUUCUCAUAAUCUGAGAAAAUAUGGUCUCAAGAUUCUCCUAUUUGUCAAACUUCAUUAUCACCAGCACUUGAUUCAUGACUAUGUUCACAAGAUUCAUGUUUUUUACCGAACUCUGGCUACAUGGAUGGUAGUUUGCUUUCUGUUGAAGACUGCUCGUGAAAUCACUCGUAUAGUCUAUUCGCACGAGGAACCAUGGUGGCAAUCUGUUGGCUGUUUAAUAGCUUCACUGCUGUGUUGGACUUACUCCACUCUGCUGUUUCUAUCAGGCACAGGUCUGUUUUGUUUAGUUGGAAACCUGCAAGUGAUACAUUUUGAGAAUUAUGGGAAGCUAUUUGAGAAGGAUCUGGAUGUUUCAGUAUAUAUUGAGGAGCACAUGCGUUUAACCUACUAUUUAUCCAAAAUAAGUCACAGGUUCAGGAUAUUUAUUCUUCUUGAGUUUUUAGUUGUGACAGCUAGCCAAUUUAUGGCUCUUUUGCACACGACAGGAAAUAAAGGAGUCCUCAACUUCAUUAACGCUGGUGACUUUGUUGUCUUAUCGAUCGUUCAACUUGUGGGAAUAACUCUUUGCCUGAAUGCAGCUGCAAAGAUAUCACAUAGAGCUCAAAGCCUUGGGUCAGUCGCUAGCAGAUGGCAUGCAUUAGCCACAUGUAAUUCUAAUACUGCACAGUCAGGAGGUGCACCAAAUGGAGUGUUAGCUAAUCCAGUGGGCAACAUAUCAAGAAACCAAUCGGAGAGUGAUACGGACUCAAUUGACUAUAUCCCUUUGCCCACAAAUAUGCAACCCACAUCUCGUAUGUCAUCAUAUCAGAGAAGACAAUCCUUUGUUACAUAUGUGCAGUCCAACACUGGUGGCUUUACUAUGUUUGGAUGGAUAGUUGAUCGUCACUUCAUCAACACACUCUUCUUUCUCGAAAUGACGUUGGUAUUCUUUGUCCUUGGGAAGACUAUCAACAUACCUCUCAGAUAGCAACAAUCCGUUUGUUGAAACCCCCAUUCGGACAAAAAUCAUCAACGCCAAGAAUUUGAAGAAUUUUUCGAAGAACAACAGCUUGUGAUAACAUGGUUCCUCAGGUACCUACAUUUUACAAUACUUCUGGUACAACUAUGAAAAAGCAUGUUUCUCCUGUUCAGUGGUUCGAUUUAGGACUAGUCAAGUCAGACGUGUCUUUGAAACUAGCAUACUGUAUGAUAUCAGUUUUGUUGUAUACUUAUGAGAUGUAUGAUGAUGUGUAUAUGCCUACGUAAUUUCUUGUUGGAAACACAGAUAGUUUUGUCAGAAGAUAAUCUUAAUACAUUAUUCUUUUUAAAA